GGGUGUCCUACAGUUGCUCAGUGACACACAAACACUCACACACACACACACACACACACACACUCUCUCAUGAGGUUCCCGUUUUCCUUUAUCCAUCAAGGACUUUACUGGAAACGCUUUGUUUGAAUUUCUUUGGAUUACUUUGGUGACUGUGUGUAUAUUCAAUGUAUCUCAUUGCUGCUCCCGUGGGGACGGACACAUGUUUUGGUCGACGGGUGUCUGAGUGUGAGGCGACUGGGUGAACAAGAAGAACGACAGAUUGACCGGAAAAAACAAGCAGAAAAUAAAACCCGACACAGCUCAUAUUUCAUGGAGACAGACGAACCAACCCAUCAUAUUCGUAUGUAAAUGAGGACAAAGCAUCGGCAGUAGCUGCUGCAUGUGUCGACGAUGAAAGGAGGCGACAUGUCGAGGCCUCCGUCCUCCCAGACCACGCCUCAGUUCUACAGGGUCAGCGACAGAGAUCUCACCGAGAUUGAGCUUCAUUCUGUGGAUUCUAUCAACGAUCUCCACCGAACACACCUCGAACUCAGCCACAAAGGGUCGAGGCCUCCUCGUCCUGCGUACUCCCCCUCCUCCAAUGGGAAUCUCUGCACAAGUGACACGAGAACUGUCAAUCAAAGAGGCCAUCCGGUCAGCAGCAAAUGGCAGAGUCGCCUACAGGAUAUGUUCACUCCCAGUUCAUCACAUGCCUAUGCCAUGGGCUGUGCUAUCAUCACUCUGCUUCUGCUAACAGUGUUACUCAUCUUCUACUUGUUGGUCCAGCAAGGCGGCGCAGUCCGGACGUUGACUGAGGCAGUGAAGGAGAGAGAGGUUGCAGCCACACAGCUGUCACUGCUGAUCCAGGAACUGCAGGCGCUGAGACUCAACCUGACAGCCAUGAGAGGAGGGACAUAAUGUGCCCAGAAACCCUGUGUUUCAAACUGGGAACUGAUGAAACCAUUUCAGUUUCUAAAAAAACACUUCCACUCCCUCCUGCCCCGGUAUCUGUAUGAAAAGUAGCAUAUCUCAGAAGUAUUUAGCAAACUGAUGAUUCAGCAUUAUCGCUCAUAAUAAUGAGUAACUUUUAAGUGUUGCCAUUGUGUCACACAAAGCUGUUUCUAGUUUGUGCGUCACUGACAAAGUAACAUGUGUAACAACAGUCAAAAUUCAUUAAAAUCCA